CCCGGGACGGCGCCUGCGCAGUGGGCGUGAUCCGGGCACUUAGGGCAGGAUGAACGCUGCUUUCCAAGAUGGCGACGGAGGGAGGAGGGAAGGAGAUGAACGAGAUUAAGACCCAAUUCACCACCCGGGAAGGUCUGUACAAGCUGCUGCCGCACUCGGAGUACAGCCGGCCCAACCGGGUGCCCUUCAACUCGCAGGGCUCUAACCCUGUCCGCGUCUCCUUCGUAAACCUCAACGACCAGUCUGGCAACGGCGACCGCCUCUGCUUCAAUGUGGGCCGGGAGCUCUACUUCUAUAUCUACAAGGGGGUCCGCAAGGCUGCUGACUUGAGUAAACCAAUAGAUAAAAGGAUAUACAAAGGAACACAGCCUACUUGUCAUGACUUCAACCACCUAACAGCCACAGCAGAAAGUGUCUCUCUCCUAGUGGGCUUUUCCGCAGGCCAAGUCCAGCUUAUAGACCCAAUCAAAAAAGAAACUAGCAAACUAUUUAAUGAGGAAAUGGCAAGUUCUUGGCGUGUGUGAGCCAGGACGGCUUCCUGCGGGUGUUCAACUUUGACUCGGUGGAGCUGCACGGCACCAUGAAAAGCUACUUUGGAGGCUUGCUGUGCGUGUGCUGGAGCCCCGACGGCAAGUACAUCGUGGCGGGUGGAGAGGACGACCUGGUGACCGUCUGGUCCUUUGGGGACUGCCGCGUGAUCGCACGGGGCCACGGGCACAAGUCCUGGGUCAGCGUGGUGGCCUUUGACCCCUACACCACCAGCGUGGAGGAGAGCGACCCUAUGGAGUUCAGCGGCAGUGAUGAGGACUUCCAGGACCUUCUUCACUUCGGGAGAGACCGAGCGAACAGCACCCAGUCCCGGCUGUCCAAGCGGAAUUCGACCGAGAGCCGGCCCGUCAGCGUCACGUAUCGGUUCGGCUCUGUGGGCCAGGACACGCAGCUGUGCCUGUGGGACCUCACGGAAGACAUCCUCUUCCCCCACCAGCCCCUCUCGCGCGCGCGGACACACACGAACGUCAUGAACGCCACCAGCCCCCCUGCGGGCAGUGCCGGGAACAGCGUCCCCACGCCCGGCAGCGCCGCACCGCCCCCGCUGCCGCGGUCCAACAGCCUCCCGCACGCCGCCGUCUCCAGCGCGGGCAGCAAGGGCAGCGUGGCGGACGGCGCCAUCGCCGCCGGGGUCAGCAAGUUCGCCACGCUCUCGCUGCACGACCGGAAGGACAGGCACCACGAGAAAGACCACAAGCGGAACCACAGCAUGGGGCACAUCUCUAGCAAGAGCAGCGACAAACUGAACCUAGUCUCUAAGACCAAAACGGACCCGGCCAAAACUCUGGGGACGCCCCUGUGUCCUCGCAUGGAAGACGUUCCCUUGUUAGAGCCGCUCAUCUGUAAAAAGAUAGCACACGAGAGACUGACCGUGCUAAUCUUUCUUGAAGACUGUAUAGUCACUGCUUGUCAGGAGGGAUUUAUUUGCACAUGGGGAAGGCCUGGUAAAGUGGUAAGUUUUAAUCCUUAAUGCUGCACAGAUCUAGAACUUGAAUAGGUAGUGAUUUUUUUCUUGCGGGAGGGGUGGGGUGUACAACGAAUGUGAAUGACACUUCUUAUUCUUAAUGUAAAUCUAAAUGCAUCAGAGCCAUAAUUUUGGAUACUGCAUGCCAUAUAAUUCCGAAUCAUUUGAUAAUUCACCGUAGAACGUUUAAAAAAUAUAAUCAAACUAAUUGCCAGCCAAGUCAGUCACCCUCCUGCGAGUAUAGAGUCCCACGGUUAGCCUUCCUGUAUUAGACUAUUUCGAUUUUAGGAAAAUCAUGCCAGUGUGGGGAAACAAUGACUCUAAAAUGCUAAAAUUAAAAUUUCUGCUUUAACUGGAAUAUUUUUGCUUAACUACUCAAUUAGAAUAUUGUACACCUGAUCAGAGUGUAUGUUCAAUACAGACGGCCAUUAAUUGUCAUUUAUAGUCCAAUUUUUUAUCUUAAUCAUAAACUGUUUAGGAAUCUAUGAAAUUUAACUUUAGGAACAAAGUGUUCAGCAGGGUUGAUUGAUAUUAUUUUUACAUUGUUCUGGCAAUCCACAGAAAGAGAAGAGCCUUAAUUUUUAAAACCCAUUUUAGUCAUUUUAUGACAAUUAAAAUUGUUUAAUAAACAUCUUUUUUCAAAGAAGCAGUUUGUAGCACUUUGAUUGAGAUUCUGUGCAUUGAAUGAAGUACCCACGAUUCUCAGAGCCUGGACGGUUGCCAUGGACUGCAGGCCAAGGGCGCCAGAAGUGCCUCUUGCCACACAGCCAGGGUCUUGCGUGGUGGAUAUGACUUGCUUAUGUUUUUUCCAGCAAGGGAAAGGAGCUUUUCUUUUCUUUCUUUUGUUUUUUUGUGGGGGUUUUGGUUGGGUUUUUUGGUUAGCUUUUUGUUCAGUGAGGCAUAUGACCGCAGGCCCUCGUGAGCCUCCUCAGCUCUAUUUUGUACAGGCCCCAGGGUUCAGAGAGCUUCCCGCCUCUCCCCUGUUUGGGUUUCAGGUUCCCACAAGAGGCAAAAGGCAGGUGUAGCGUGUCAGUCUUCUGGAUCGUUCUUGGAAGGUGCCCCAUAUCUGUGUCAGCGGCUUCCCCAGUACCCCCCCGACUUGGCUGCGCCCACUUCCAGGGGAAGACGCUCUGUUUGACUUGAUUCCUUAGCACAAGGAUGAGCUGUGGGCGCAGUUGCUUUUCGGUUCACUGUGGACGAGGUGGCUCUUGGAGCUGUGUGUUCCAUGUCGAGAUGAUGAUGGUCUUAGUAGCUUAUUUUGGUCACUUGGGUUUGUAUUUCUGUUGUGUACACCUUUGUGAUUAAAUACAGAGACCCUGAUCGUUUA